AUGGCAAAUAAACUUUAUAUAAGGAAAGGAGAACCAACCGUAGUUCUACCUGCAGAAGAAACAAAAAAGGGCUUCUACUAUCUUUCAAACCUUGACCAGAAUAUAGCCCUUCCAGUUCGAACAGUUUACUGUUAUAAGUCAGCCUCUAGAGGCAAUGAGGAUGCUGCGCAAGUCAUCAAGGAAUCCUUGUCAAAGAUUCUUGUUCACUAUUACCCUAUGGCUGGCAGGUUGAAAAUCAGCUCAGAAGGGAAGCUGAUAGUAGACUGCACAGAAGAGGGUGUUGUAUUUGUUGAGGCUGAAGCAAGCUGUGUGAUUGAGGACUUGGGAGAUAUGAAAAAGCCUGACCUUGAAACUCUUACAAAACUGGUUUAUGAUAUCCCUGGUGCAACCAACAUACUUGAAAUACCUCCUCUGCUAAUUCAGGUGACAAAGUUCAAAUGUGGAGGAUUUGUUUUGGGGGUAAACGUGAACCAUUGCAUGAAUGAUGGUUUAAGUGCAAUGCAAUUUGUGAACUCAUGGGGUGAGACAGCCAGAGGCAUAGACUUAAAAAUUCCACCAUUUCUGGACCGAACCAUACUCAAAGCGCGCAACUCUCCUAAAAUAGAGUUCCCACACAAUGAGUUUACUGAAAUUGAAGAUGUAUCAGAUACCAGCAAACUUUAUGAGGAAGAGAUGCUCUACAGGUCCUUCUGUUUCGAUCCUGAUAAGCUUGAGCUGCUGAAGAAAAAAGCCACAGAAGAUGGUGUUUUGAAGAAGUGCUCCACUUUUGAAGCACUCUCAGCUUUUGUGUGGAGAUCUAGAACUGAAGCCUUAAGUAUGCAUCCUGAUCAACAAACGAAGCUACUUUUUGCUGUUGAUGGAAGGUCUAAAUUUGUGCCACCAAUACCAAAGGGGUUCUUUGGCAAUGCUAUUGUGUUGUCAAAUGCAAUGUGCAAUGCAUGUGAGUUAUUGAAGAAACCACUUUCAUUUACAGUGGGAUUGAUAAGCAAAGCAAUAGAUAUGGUCACAGACAGUUACAUGAGAUCUGCUAUUGAUUAUUUUGAAGUCAAAAGAACGAGGCCUUCACUAACGGCAACCCUUUUGAUCACAACAUGGACAGGGUUAUCUUUCCACACUACAGAUUUUGGAUGGGGGAAGCCUCAGUCUUUUGGUCCUGCGACUUUGCCAGAAAAGGAAGUCAUUUUGUUCUUAUCACAUAGUGAAGAAAGGAAAAGCAUAACUGUGCUCCUGGGUUUGCCUGCCUCUGCCAUGAAAAAGUUUGAAGCAUUGAUGGAGAUAUGA